UACAUCCUGCGCGAGCUCGCACUCCAGCUUGGCGUUCAGUGUGGUUCAAACGCUCCGAGCCUCUCAUUCAGUUUCUUUUUUUUCUUUUUGGUUGUGCGCGGACACCCCCGACACUGAGCAGCCAUGGAUGCCAUCAAGAAGAAGAUGCAGAUGCUCAAGCUCGACAAGGAAAAUGCCAUGGACAGAGCUGAGCAGGCCGAGUCGGACAAGAAGGCAGCUGAGGACAGGAGCAAACAGCUUGAGGAUGACCUGGUGGCACUGCAGAAGAAGCUGAAGUCAACUGAGGAUGAGCUGGACAAGUACUCUGAAGCCCUCAAGGAUGCCCAGGAGAAACUGGAGCUCGCUGAGAAGAAAGCCACAGAUGCUGAGGGUGAUGUAGCCUCCCUGAACAGACGUAUCCAGCUGGUUGAGGAGGAGUUGGACCGUGCUCAGGAGCGUCUGGCCACAGCUCUGACCAAGCUGGAGGAGGCUGAGAAGGCUGCUGAUGAGAGUGAGAGAGGCAUGAAGGUUAUUGAGAACAGGGCAAUGAAGGACGAGGAGAAGAUGGAGCUGCAGGAGAUCCAGCUGAAGGAGGCCAAACACAUUGCUGAGGAGGCUGACCGCAAAUACGAGGAGGUGGCCCGUAAGUUGGUGAUCAUUGAGAGCGACUUGGAACGUACAGAGGAGCGUGCUGAGAUGUCUGAGAGCAAGUGCUCUGAGCUGGAGGAGGAGCUGAAAACCGUGCAGAACAACCUGAAGUCUCUGGAGGCCCAGGCAGAGAAGUACUCGCAGAAGGAGGACAAGUACGAGGAGGAGAUCAAGGUGCUCACAGACAAGCUGAAGGAGGCUGAGACCCGUGCUGAGUUUGCUGAGAGAUCUGUCGCCAAGCUUGAGAAGACCAUUGAUGACCUUGAGGACCAUCUAUACAAGCAGCUUGAGAAAAACCGCCUUCUGACCAAUGAACUGAGAGUAGCCUUAAACGAGGCCUAAACUGGAGUGGGCUCUCAUUUGCUUCAAGUUUUCUGAAAAAAAGAACAUAGGCAAUUGUUUCUCUGACACAAAACUUAAACUAAACCAAGCAUUUCGUUCAACAAGUAAGAAGUGGAAGGAUUUUCACAUUAUGCAUGAUCAAACACCAGAGGUUAACCUGACACCCUCAGGUAUGAACAGUUACAGAAUGGAUUUGAUAUAUAUCCUCAUUGUCAGGGCUGUAGCGCAUGAAUCCAGUAGAAAUCUACUGCUGUUGUUUGGGGGGUGUAGACUGAUGAUGCAGAUGUUUUCGUGGACUAGAAUUUCUUCUGCAUCCCAGAACCCACCUCAAAAAACAAGGAAAAGUUUUCAUUACAAAUGAUCAAGCAUCAACCAAAAUUAAGAAUGCAUUUGUUCAGCUUUACAGGGAGAACUCAACCAAUCAUUUUGGUUUUAUUUCAAGUUUGAUUUGAGUGGGAGUACAUUUUUAAUCAGUAUAAUUAUGUUUGAUCAGGGCACUUUCAGUAUUUUUGUGCAGGCUUUGCUUUAACAACACUGGAUUUUGGUGACAUGGUUCUGAACCCUGUGAUGCUCUCAGGCAUUUCCGAGAAAGCUUGACAGGUUGUCACUCAAACUCUCCCUGGUAGAUCUUUAGAUAUAUUUUUCAAUGAGCAUAAACACCUAAAACAAAACCUCAAUUGAUACAAAUCUAUUACUAACACAGUUGAACAUUUUGGCAGAGGUAGUUUGAUUCUGCAUGUAGCAGUAAGGAUUAAGUACUGACCGUUGACCCAUGUAGAGAUAAUCACAAUAUCUGUUUCUACCAGUUGAAGUCAAAGUCUUUCAUAGCUGGAAGUCAUGUUCUUGAACCACUGUAGGGCCAAGUUAAACAUAUUUGAGUGAAAAUAGGCUAAGGGAGAGAGUUUUGCUCGAGUUUUGUCUCAUUAUUAGUGUUCAGAUUGGUGCUCAUAUUGUUUUUUUGAAGUUACUUUUUUUCUCUCUAAAACUGCAUGGUUGGGGUGUUUGAACUUAAUACUUAAGCUCAUCAGAGCAUCAGAUUUUGGAAAACUAACAAUUUGCCUUGGGUGAUAUUUAGUCCUAAACUCAACCCAUGCAGUCAUGACUACAGCCUUGCCUUAAGAUUGAGUUUGAUAUUUACAAUAUUCUUGAAAGAUAACAUUUUAAAAUGGAAGUUGAGUUUGUGGGAUUGGCUCAGGGUAUCUGAGUUGGGGAAAUGUAUUUGCUUAUUGAAUGUUAACAUAUUAUUGGGGAAAACAUAGAGUUUAAAUUCCUCACACUCUUAAAGUUUGCAACAAUAUCCAACCAAAGUCUAACACUGUCUAUUAACCUGGACCAGAGCUUUGUCUGCUAUAUUC